UCUCUAUGCCCCAUGUUCUGAGUUUUCUCCUAUGCUUUUGUUGGUUAACAACCAACCACAACUUUCUAUAGUUCUUCACUACUCCUAGAGGCUUGACGGAGUCAAGCUGUCUGGAGGGAAUGAUUUUGUUGAAAUCAAUUCAUCUAAUCAUGCCUCAACUGGAUAAAUUCACUUAUUUUUCACAAUUCUUCUGGUUAUGCCUUUUCUUCUUUACUUUCUAUAUUUUCAUAUGCAAUGAUGGAGAUGGAGUACUUGGGAUCAGCAGAAUUCUAAAACUACGGAACCAACUGCUUUCACACCGGGGGAAGACCAUCCGGAGCAAGGACCCCAACAGUUUGGAAGAUCUCGUGAGAAAAGGUUUUAGCACUGGUGUAUCCUAUAUGUACGCUAGUUUAUUCGAAGUAUCCCAAUGGUGUAAGGUCGUCGACUUAUUGGGAAAAAGGAGGAAAAUCACUUUGAUCUCUUGUUUCAGAGAAAUAAGUGGCUCGCGAGGAAUGGAAAGAAAUAUAUUAUAUAAUAUAUCGAAGUCCUCUCCUUCAAAUACUGGAAGGUGGAUCACUUGUAGGAAUUGUAGGAAUGACAUAAUGCUAAUCCAUGUUGUACAUGGCCAAGGAAGCAUAAAAUGAUUCUUUCAUUCUAUAGAUACCUUUGGUAGGUAAAGCACUCUACUGUGCUUUAUUGAAAGUUCCCAUCGCGGGGGCGAGGAUACUUGCCUUCGCGGUUCGACUUUCUUUUCAGGCUUGACUCAUUAUUUUCCGGUCCUCUCCUCCCCUUUAGAGCUCUUUAUGAUGCCCACUGAGUAAGAUUCGGGGGCUUCCGGCGCAGAAGCUCAUUCUGAACCGCGGGAACUUCGUCUCUUCGACACAAACGUUAUGUCAAGAGGCUGAUGGUGGUGAGGAUCUAUGCGCACUCAAAUAAAAGUAGCUUGCGUAUUGGGUUAUCCACGGUGUUAGGUGCUCCAUUGCACCCUCAUGUGGAGGGU